CUGCCGCUGCCGCUCCCGGUUGGGCGGGGCCACGGCGGCUGCUCGUCUCCGUGGCAACGGGGGGGGCGGAGCCGCGGGGGCCGCCGGGAGCCGCCGUGCGGUGCCGGAGGGGAGCAGGAUGGAGGGGCGCGGGGAGGCGGGCGAGGAGGAGGAGGAGGAGGAGGACGGGGGGGGGCUGCGCAUCACCCCCCAGCUGCUGAAGGCCAGCACCGGGGAGUUCGCCCUGGAGUCCAUUCUGCUGCUGAGGCUGCGCGGCCGCGGCAUCGCCCACCUGGGCUGCCUGGGCGACUGCACCAGCCUGGAGUGGCUGGACCUCUCCGGCAACGCCAUCACCCAGCUGGGGCCGCUGGCCGCCCUCAAGUCCCUCGCCGUGCUCAACCUGUCCCGUAACCGCGUCACCAGCCUGGAGCCGCUGGGCUCCUGUCACAACCUGCAGAGCCUCAACGUGGCCGGGAACCUGCUGAGCAGCCUGCAGCAGCUGCGCUGCCUGACGGGGCUGCGGCGCCUGGAGAGCCUGCGCCUCCGCGACCCCCUGGCCCGGCUCGCCAACCCGCUGUGCGCCGCGCCGGCGUACCGCGCCGCCCUGGCAGACAUGUUCCCCGGCCUCAAAGCCAUCGACGGCGAGCGGGUGUCCGGCCGCGGCAGCGAGCUCUACCAGCUCUGCCGGGAUCUCGACAGCUCGCUGGGACGCGGCGGCGGCAGCGCCGGUGCUGGCGCCGAACCGCCCCGCGUGGCGCAGCCCUGGGUGGAGGCGGGUUUUUGGGAGCCGCGGCCGCCCCGGCGCAGCUCCAUCAUGGAGGAGGCCUACAAGCAGUUUGGGGAGGUGCUGCAGGAGUGCCGGGAGCUGAGCCGCCGCGCCGACGACACCAUCGCCCAGGCGGAGCGGGCGCUGAACAGCCGCCCCGACCCCAACUCCUACGUCUUCUGAGCCGUCAGACCCCCCAGUGCCAUGAGAGGAGACCCCCCAACGCCGCUGCCAUCCUGGCCCAGCCUCGCCGGGGGGAACCCGGCCUCGAGGGUCCCCUGCAGAGCCACGGCAGGAGCACAGACGUCCUUUGGGAUUUUGGAGCCAUCCCUGAGCUCUCCAGCCUGGAGGAGACUGUGGGGCUGGGGAAGCUGCACAUGGGGACCAGGGGACAUCACGGGGACCAGGGGACAUUGCAGGGCUGUGCAGUAAAGGCGUGCUGUCCGCUGA